GUCCCGGUUGAGCCUCGCCCCCGCAUGCUGCUUUCUGGGACUGGGGUUCGCCGUGUCCGGGAGCCCGGCUAAAGCCUCCGAGGCGCUUUCGGCUGUCCGGGCUUGAGGUGAACUUUCUCCUUUACCAUGUUAGGCCCCCUGCAGGGCCAAGUGUGCGUGGUCACAGGAGCCUCCAGGGGCAUCGGCCGGGGCAUUGCCUUGCAGCUCUGCGAGGCGGGAGCCACUGUCUACAUCACCGGCCGAAAUCAGGACACCCUGCAGGCUGCCGCUCAGGAGGCACAGUCCCGAGGGGGUCGAUGCCUGCCUGUGGUUUGUGACUCAAGUCAGGAAGAUGAAGUUCGGAGCCUGUUUGAAAGGGUGGAUAGAGAACAAAAUGGGAGAUUGGAUGUACUGGUCAACAAUGCUUAUGCUGGGGUCAAGGCCCUCAUUUCCCAUAUGAAGAAACCAUUCUGGGAGUGCCCAGCCUCUAUAUGGGAUGACAUCAAUAAUGUGGGACUCCGAGGCCACUAUUUGUGCUCAGUCUAUGGAGCCCGCCUAAUGGUGCCUGCAGGACGAGGGCUUAUCGUGGUCAUCUCCUCGCUCGGUGGGCUGCAGUAUUUCUUCAAUGUAGCCUACGGUGUGGGCAAAGCAGCGUGUGAUAGGUUGGCCACGGAUUGUGCCCAGGAACUACGACGUCACGGUAUUGCCUAUGUGUCUCUCUGGCCUGGGAUGGUGAAGACAGAGCUAGUGAUGGAACACCUGAACAAUGAAGAGGAUCCGGAUCCCAUAGCCCGUAAGCUGAAAGAACGUCUUCCAAGUGGGGAAACCCCAGAGCUGAGUGGCAAAUGUGUGGUGGCCCUGGCAACAGAUCCUAACAUCCUGCAAUUGAGUGGUCGGGUUCUUCCAUCCUGUGAUCUAGCUAAAAAAUAUGGAUUUAAAGAUGUGGAUGGACCAGUCCCAGUGCUUCAUCUUAUCUGCUAGCCCAAAAGGAUCCUAUUUUUGAAGACUUGGUUCUUAAAAAAUGCUAUUGCCAUAUCGGCUGAUGACUGCCUGCUAAGAGACAGACAUACAUAAUUGCACUUCUACAGCCAUUAAUCUAAUAUCAAGAUACUCUGAUGAAUGAGGUUCCUGCAAAGUUCUCCCACUGGGCCAAGAUAUGGGCUGCAGGAUUGGAAUGGGAAAAGGCAGUUGAUAUUUAUUCAGGAUAUGAUAUUGCAGUGUCAGCAGCCAACAUCAGAGCUCUUGGAGAACGUGUCAUUUUUCGUUAUCCUCCCACCACCCCCUUGUUUUAUUGCUAGAUUUUCUGAAUGUCUGAGCUUGACUCUUAAAUCAUAAAGCAACUGGUCUUGAUGAGUGCUAGAAUGGACUUUUGGACCAUGAACUCUGUGCCUAUUCCUGAUUGCUAGAGUUGGAUGUCUAUGAUGACUUGGCACUACACUGAGAAGGGGAUAGACUCUCCAGCUCAACCGUUUUUAGGAUCCUGCCUUGAGACUUGCCUGAAAAGAAUGGAUUAUUUUUAGAAAUAGUCCCAGGCUACCCUUUCCAGCCUUUCCUUACUUGGUCCCCUAUAAGGAAUUACCCAACAUUCUGCCCCCCUGAAAAGGCUCUAUACAUCUAGGAGAGGGUUCAGGUCUUGCUUAAUGGGCAGAUCUCCUUUCCUCUGAGAUGAUCACUAGAUGAUUCUUUCUUACAAAGGACCAAGGAGUCCUUUCUAGCAAGGAGUAGAAUUGUUGGGAAGCACUUUGCUUUCCUUUCUAAUGACAUGGAGAAGGAAAAUUCAACAAAAGAGAGAGGAUCCCUUAGCUGAUUUAGCAUUGCCUGGGCUUAGUUUUUAAGCUAAAGAUCAAGUUAGUGGCAGUAAUGCCACCUGGUGGUUAAAGUUAUAUUGCUAAUAAAAGUAUGUAUUUUUAUGUAAUGAUCUGUAAUGAUUUAUUGUCACUUUCUUCACCUAUAAACUAUCUGUAUACUUUGACUACUGUUCAAGUGGAAUCUUGGUAUUUAUUUUAUUUGUUUGGUUCAAUGGACAGAAUGCCAUAUUUGGAGUCUGGAAGACCUGACUUCAAAUCUGGU